GCAUGCUGGGAGCCGUAGUCUGCCCCUCGCCUCCGGCCCGGCCUCGCUCGGCUCUGCAAAGCCGUCUCCCCACGGCUCUGGGCUGCCUGCUCCUCUUCUCCUCGGAUGGAGGGCUCCGAGGAGCUGGAGAGCAGGCUCCUGACCCAGCCCUGGGCUUCUGUUUGCUUUGGCGAGUCCGCUUUGAUUGCCAAAGCUUGCUUCGGGGAUACUGGCUACGUCCUGCUGCUCUCUGACCUCAGCAGCGUCUGGUGCGAGAGUGCCGACGCGGAGGCCGUGGGGCAAAGGUCCAAGGAGCUGAACAAGCGGCUGACGGCCCACGUCUCCUCCUUCCUGCACCGCUUGGCCAACCUCAUGUCCCCCUUGCUGGCCGGGCAGCCCGACUCCGCCACCUCCUUCUCCUGCCAGCGCACCGCCGGCGGGCUCAGCCUGCGGGUGAAGAGCGAGCUCUCGGGCCUGCCCUUCUACUGGGACUUCCACUGCUGCCCCGCGCCCGUGGAGAUGGUGUCCCGCCACCUUGUGCGGCCCCUGAUUCGGAUGAGCCUGGCGCUGCAGUACCAGGUGCAGGAGCUGAGCUCCCUGCUGCUUCAGAAGGAUGCUGAGAUCGAGGACUACAGGGAGAGCGGGGCUGCCCUGAGCAGAGACCGCCUGCGGACAGAGCCCUUCCAGGAGGCGGCGUUUCUGCAGACCUUCAUGGCCGGGAGCCUGCCCCAGAUCUGCGGUGCGGGGGCCGGGCAGGCGUUCGCCUCGGCCCUGCAGCAGCUCUACACGGCGGUGACGCUGCAGGAGGCCAAGCAGGCUCGGAAACGGCACCACUCGGAGGACGCCGAGGGCCCGGCACCCGCUGCAGAAACCUCAGGGCACCCCGACCCGCAACCGCAGUCCCCGGAGGACGAAACAGCGUCUGCGAGCGAGGGAGCCACGCUGACCUCCUCCCCGGUGCAGAAGCCCCAGCUGCCCGUGGCCAAGGCCAAGCCGAAGAAAGCGAAGGGGCUCUUCGGCUGAAAGGUCGCUGCCACCACGCGAGAACAUCUGAGAGAGGCAGAGCAGAGCACGGCGCAUCCUCCGCCUCGUCCGCACCUCCCCAGGGACGCUGCCUGGGCCGUUCCUUGCUCCCGAGCUGCCUCCAGAUGGGGACGUGGGCACCUCGUCCCCUCGCUGAUGUCUCGGGACACUUUUCGGUGCCUCUCCCGGGGUGCAGCUCCCAGGCUGCCCACAUUGGACAUGAGGGGAGCGGGAGGGCUGCUGCCGUGUGGAUGCCAGCAGGGAUGCUGCGGGGCUCCAGCAGGGCACGGGUUUGGGCUAGGAGACAACGCACCCUGCUCCCGUGCUGGUUCGCGUUAAAGGGCUGUGUCCGGG